CACAGCGAAACGAUUUCUUUCACUUCGCUUACACUUCGCUUACACUUUCUCUGUGUUUACACACUUUCUCUCUGUCUCUUAUUUAUCGUGUGGUUGUGAUUGUGAUAAACUUUGGAAGUUUAAAAUUUUGUUAAAAAUAAAUAUAUUAUUACUAUUGUUCAACAAAAUAGCUAAAACCAGAUAACAUUAAAUAAUAGUAGUACAAUUGUUAUUACGCUAUAACUACUGCAAAUACUACGAUAAUCAUGGCUGAUAACCCAGACGAAGGACAAGGAACGUCGACCGGUCCUUCGUGCAGCUUUAGUUUCCGAAAACCUCUUAGAAGGGGACAGCAAAAUGCGAGGAAACGGGAAGAAGUCUCAAAAAAAUCAGAUAGCUCAUCAUCAAGCAGCGACGGAGAAACAAAGAUUGUGCGGAUAGAAAAGAAAGCUCGCCGAGCUAAUCCUAUGAUUCAAAAUACCGGGGGACGCAGAUAUAUGAAAAAAGGCGAAGGUGGAAACUCUUCAUCGUCUGAAGAAGAAGGCGACGAAUCAGCACCCGCCCCUAGCCGUGUCGGAGUUCAUUAUGAGUCCACCAAAACGUCGGAAAGGGACGGCCCAACGGACAUGGGUGCGACAGCCAUCGUGGAACAUGAGACGGAAAGAGAUCGGGACGCUCAAGCCGUAUUUCAGCGAUCUUUAGACAUAAAUAAGGAACUUAAGGGGAAAGCGGACGACGGGAUAUAUCGUGGGAUGAACAAUUAUACUCAAUUUUAUGAAAAGAAGGACACCGCCAUGGGGAAUGCGGCCAGUGGGAGUAACCGAAAGGGGCCAAUAAGAGCACCCGACAAUUUAAGAGUUACUGUUAGAUGGGAUUAUCAACCCGAUAUUUGCAAAGAUUACAAGGAGACUGGUUUCUGCGGCUUUGGAGAUAGUUGUAAAUUUCUUCACGACCGUUCGGAUUACAAGUUUGGGUGGCAGAUUGAACGUGAAGUAGCAGAAGGACGAUACGGGAAAGAUGACGACAACGCUGAAAAAUAUGAAAUUUCCGAUUCAGAUGAUGAAGACUUGCCUUUUAAAUGUGUUUUAUGUAGAAGUUCUUUUACAAAUCCAGUCGUGACCAAAUGCAACCACUAUUUUUGUGAGAAAUGUGCACUAGACCAUUAUAAAAAGUCCCAAAGGUGUUUCGCCUGCAAAGCCCAAACGCAUGGAGUAUUUAAUCCUGCAAAAAAAUUGCAAGCAAAGUUGAAAAGUGAUGAAGCUGCAGCCAGUACUGCAAGUAGCACUGUUACUGAAGAUCACCAUCAACAUGAUAAUAUGGAGGAUAACGACUCUGACGAUUCUGACUAACAUGUAAUAAGAUAAGGAAAGUUAAUAGUUUUUAAUACAUGUUUUAAUAAAUUUGGACUUUCGAUUUCAACAUAAAUAUUUUGUUAUAAUGAUAAAUACUAUCAGAUAUGAAAGAAAUAAAAUAUUGCACAUUUCAUCAUAA